UCUAAUGGCUAGAGAAGUUUAUCCAAGCUAUAAGCUGACGUCAUACAUAAGUAUGUUACUUUGGCUGCGAGAUUAAUGUCCGCUUUAGCAUUGACUGAAUGCGCAAUUUAGGAAGGGUGAGGCGUGCUGAUGAUUCGAGAAUGUCAGAUCAUUAGAGAUCAUCGGGGUUCACGCAGUUUAUAAUGACCCCACUUCUCCAAUAUGCUGAUUUCUUCUAUGUACCAUUUUUAUUUAAACAAAGGAAUCGUCGCUUUUUAGGAUUGGAAUUCCUCAAAAACGACUUCGCCCUUUAUUGUUUGUUUGGUUACGCUUUUCUGUAACGGUUUCCUUUGUUGUGCCUUUUGUUUUCUUGGAUUGCUUGUUUUUGAGCUCCUUUUUAUUAUUCCCUUUUUGAAAUAAUCCUUUUUGAGGUUUCUUCUCGUUCCAGUCUCACUUUUGAUUUCUUCACAUUCUGUUUACAUUUACUUACUAUGGAUUUGGAUUACUGCCUAAUUUGCGGGAAACCUACCACUGGCAACCUUUACUGCUCUAGAGAAUGCCAUUUACAGGACUGCCCAGGUUGCGACUCGGAAUCUGAACAUUGCGCUUAUUCUCAUGCAGCUAGCCUUCACAUGCUCUCAUCACAAUACCUUGAUCACUUCCGACGACGCUCUUCUAUGCCAUCACCAUCUACCUCGUCACUGCUUUUGAAUGGUUACGCUUCCUCUCGGCUAGCUGUUUUAUAAAAUCAUUUCGCCAACAGGCAAAGCUGCAAAGCAAAAUCUUUAGAUUCUCUUUAGCGUUUACAUGAAUUGAGAAGACUAAAGCAUUUACAUUUGAUUUCAACGAUGAUAUACGGUUAUGCAAGUUCAUGAUAUAAAAAAAAAUUGAUGAUUUGCAAUGAAUAAUUAUGUAAUGAACAAAAAGCACUUAUUGGUUUUAUUUCUUUUCUUACGGGUUUUAUGUCUUUUUUCUCUUUGGUAUUCCUUUUUUCUUGAAUAUUUUCGUACAGAACAUCCAUUCUUGUUUUGUUAUUUUUUUUUAUUUUUUUAUUUCCUUUAGUUCUUUGAUGUGGUUUUCUUCGCUUAUAUUACUUCCUGGGCGUAUGUCACUGUUUACGUUUGCAUUUUGUUAAUUCUUUAAUUGAAAGCUUAGCUUGCUUGCAUUUUGGCUACAAUCGGUUGUCGCUCUUUCUUGUUAAGAGCAUUCAUAAUCAUGUAUUUUUCCAGCAUAUUGAAUUUCUUCUCUCUUUCUUUUCUGUUCUUUCUGGUUCUUUGGAUACUCAUAGGAUCAUUAAAUCAAUAAAGCAACACGGGUUUCCCUGUUUCUUUCGUUGCAUUAUUUCUGUGGGAAACUAUCCUCUACAUUUUAACAAUGUUAAAAACAAAAAAAAAUUCUCAAAUUUGCUGUAUCCUGUUGAUUUUCAUCAUGGUAAAAGCAAAAGUAAAUUAGCGGUCUACAAGAUCGGUUUAUAGUGUAUUUUUUGUUUAUUUAUUUAUAAAUUCAAAAAAUAAAUGAAUUUCUAUUAUUG